AUGGAUCAGUGGAAAAAAUUCUGGACAAUUCUCUACUCUGACUAUAAAGAUGUUGCAGUUGACACUAUCACAGGCAUGAAGGAAAAACCUAGGAAAGCUGCAGCAUAUUUUACAGGAAUUGGCUGUGUGUUGUAUGCAAUGGAAACAAAUCCUGAAGCACGGACUUACUAUGAAACAAUGGUAAAGGCAGCAGAUGACACAAUUCUGGUUUCUGAUGCCAAUCUCAAUCCAGCCACAGACAAACGUCUUUGUUUAAUCCGGCAAAGUUACAAUGAAGGAACAGUUCGCUGCUUAAAUUUGGGUGUAUUUUCCUUGAUUUGGUUGGGGAACUAUCAUCAGGAUUGUGGUAUUUAUCCCUCUCAGUGCAAAUACUUGAAACCAGGAAUAGUUAAUUUCCACAAGAGGAUUAUUGAUGUUGGCUUUCUAGGCCAAUGGUGGAAUAUUAAUUGGUACAUGAAAGACUUUGAUAUAAAUGCCAUUGAGUUUUCUGGUCAGUAA